AAAAUGUCCAAAGUCCUCUCUUCUAGCUUUUUAGAGAACAAAUGAGCAUAUGCAUAUGUACAUGUAGAGUCUGUUAAUUGUUGUCAGUAGUCACUGUUCAGUGGAAUACCAGGACUCCUUUUACCUAACUAUACCCAAAUUUCUGAAAUUGUACCUUUCCGCAUUGCCUUCUCUCCCCUUUCCUCCCUAGCUUCUGAGAACUCCCACUGUGCUUUUUAACUUCUAUGAGAUCACCAUCUCCUAGACUCCACAUUUAAGCAAGAUCACAUGACACUGGCCUUGCUUACUUCAUUUAGUGACUCCCAAGUUCUAGCUGUGUUAUUGCAAACGACACAAAAGGCAAGAUUUUUGUCCUUUUUUGUGGCUGAGUAGUAUCCCAUUGUAUAAAUAUACCACAGCUUCUUUAUCCAAUGAAUGUACACUUAGGUUGUUUCCAUGUUUUUGAAUAAUGUGAAUAGCUCCGCGAUAAAGCUGAGUGUGUAGAUGUCUGUUUACUGAUUUCAUUUCCCUUGAAUGUAUGUAGUGGGACUUGUUAGAUCAUAUGAUAGCUUGGUUUUCAGUUUUUGAGGACCCCUCCCCCCACAAUGUUUUAGUGCAGUGGCUGGGCUAAUUUACAUCUCUACAAGUGGCAUUCAGGGUUUCCCUUUUCUCCCCUUAUUGCUAGUGUUUGUUAUGAUUUUUCUUUUGGACAUUAGCCAGUCUGAGUGAGAUGAUACCUCAUUGUGGCUUUCAUUUUCAUUCCUCUAAUGAUUAAUGGUGUUGGGAAUUCCUUCAUAUACCUGUUAGCUGUGGGCAUGUGUUCCUUUGAACACUAUCUUUUUAGAUUGGUCCAUUUUAAAAUUGCAUAAUUUAUAUUUUUGCUAUUGGAUUGUUUAUAUCCUGCACAUCACUAAAUUUUAAUAGCUUGUAAAUGUAUAUUUAUUCGUGAACAGAAUAGAUUUGCUCCAAACUCACUGAAUAUUUUAUUACAAUACAAAAUUUUUUUGUCCUUAUUACUAUGUGCAGUAUGCUCUUAUGGGAUCCUGACACUUGCAAGGUGAGGAUUUAGCCUCUGAGCCAUUGUACCAGGCCCUAUUUAUAAUUAAAUAGAUAUCCAUUCUAGUAGCAUGUUGAUAAAACCAUGAUUUGUUUCAUUUCAGUUCUUUUCUUCCUUAUAUCUUCUUCAGUUCAGAAUACACCAUGUAACUAAACAGCAGAGAAAUACUAAAGGACAUUUGGGAGGCUUGCGGAAUCCCAACACACAGGUUAGGUCAUCAGGAGCGCUGCUGAAGUCACACGGCUAUUCCUGGGAACUUGUCCUGUUGACAGCAAUGAAUAUGGCUGAUGAAAGAGCAGAUGGGAAGGUGAUUUUAGCGUAGUUUCCUGGAAUAAAAUGAAGAAACAGAAAUUCCUAUACCUGAUAGACCAGGUAGGAAUCUCAAUAAAGGACUCAAAGUCUAGUCUGCAUUUAGACUAAGGUUUGUCUGGACAUGAAUAUGGGCCCUGACUCUUCACCCCUCUUCCCUCUUCUGGGAAAUUCUUGGUGGGGGAUUUUGAGAUGUGGAAUUCCCCCUAAACAAACCCUUCUGGACAAUAUUGACCACCAAGAGUCUUAUCUGUAGAAGAAACAAAUUACUUCAGCCCAGUGAUUAAGAUUGUUGAACUAGCUGUCUUGCUGCCUCAGUUCAGUGACUUUCUUUUUAUGAAGGACAGGCAGGGCCAUCUUGUUCUAGGACAGGUGGACAAAAGACUCGGGCCUGCUUUCAGGGUUUGCUUCCUUGUUCCAUCGCACAUACAUCUGUUUUCUUUGGCUCCUCUUGCACACUUAGGCUAAUAUCUGUCUAGUUGCCUUAAAACUACCACCACACUUGUACCAACGGUGCUGAGGACUGGAUGCCAGAAGUGUCCUUAGAGUUUUCCCCUGAAUGGGGAUGCUUCAAUAACCUCUCACGUCAAAAAGAUGGACUUUCUCAUUUGUUUCCUCUCCCUGCUGCUUGUGAUUGAAGUCUUACGUGGAUGUAAUUGGUUGGUGAGUACUAGAUGUCAUUACCGGACAAAGGAAGCUAGGAAAGUGAGUUCUGAAUUCUGUUUUGGGAAUGAAGCAUCCAUGAUGUAGUCAGAUUUCCAAAUACAGGCAAGAGAGGCAGAAGUUCUAGGUGGCCAUCAGCACAACAAUGACUAUCAUAUUCUUCUUUUAAAAAGAGAGAAUGUUUGAGUUCGGACAGGACAUUCCCCCUCCACCCCGAGGGUAAUAGAGACCUAGCUACUGGAGCCAUUGUUGACUCCCAGUGUGCAAAUUCACCUGGUGCUGAAAUUGGGAGUGGAGCCAGGACUUGAACCUAAGCACUGCAUUAUGGGAUUUGGACGUCAUCCUGUGUAGUAUCUUGAUUGCCUCAUCAAUUCUUUCCCCUACCCGUUACAUUUUUAAAAUGUGUAUGGCCCUUUUACAGGAACUGCUUAUGAGGGCUUCAGUGUUAUUUUUAGGGUUUUGGUUAAUGAUGAUCUUUUAAAUCAAAAUACCUCUUCUCAGAAAACCAUGGAAGAGAUAGCUUUGUGGGCCGAAUGCUGUAAUCUGGAGAGCCUACAAGGACACUUGCACACAUAGGCAAAUGAGAUUGUGCAUUUUUCUCAUCUUAAAAUGGAAUGGUGAGAGAAGAAUGAAAUAUGAUUGAAGGUAAACAAUAAAGGAAGGUCCUAUUUUCUUAUCAUCAGAUGUUAGAAGCAGUAAAGUGGAAAGGCCUGCUGUAUCGAGUUACUUCCAGUGUUGGUUUUGAGUUUUAGCCACAUAGUACUUACCUGUACUUAAGAAGAAUUUUUCAGCCUCAAUAUUUUCUGUUAACAUAUUAAGCCUGUAAUUUGUCAGUCUUUUUGCUCAUUGUCUGAAUCUUUUUCCCUUUAUUCCUCAUAGACUUAUCUGCCAAAUUAGGACUCCACCAAACCACUUUGUAAUUAGAAAGCUGUAUUCCUGCGCAAGUUGUGGCUGCAGUUGAUGUGAAUACGGUUGCUAAUGAAGUAUACAAGUAUAAUUUUCCUCAUACCCAGUUACUAGCUAAGACAAUUGAAGGUAUUACACUAGAAGAAUUUGACAGGUUAUCUUUCGAUAUGAUUUUAAUGAGCCCUCCAUGUCAGCCAUUCACAAGAAUCGGCCUGCAGGGUGAUAUGACUGAUCCAAGGACCAGUAGCUUCUUAUAUAUUCUAGAUAUUCUUCCCAGAUUACAAAAAUUACCUAAGUGUAUUCUUUUAGAGAAUGUUAAAGGUUUUGAAGUAUCUUCUACAAGAGAUUUACUGAUACGGACAAUAGAAAAUUGUGGCUUUCAAUAUCAAGAAUUUUUAUUAUCUCCAACCUCUCUUGGCAUUCCAAAUUCCAGGCUACGAUAUUUUCUUGUUGCAAAACGCCAGUCACAGCCAUUAUCUUUUCAGGCACCUGGACAGGUACUGAUGAAAUUCCCCAAAAUGGAAUCUGACCAUCCACAACAAUAUUCAGUAGAUGCAAAACAGAAAACAGAAGAAAAGGAAAUCCAACCAAGUGUUUGUUCUGGUAGCAACAAGCUACGUCCUGGAAAAGAUACCAUUCUUUUUAAGCUUGAAACUGCAGAAGAAAUUGACAGAAAACGUCAACAGGACAGUGAUCUCUCUGUGCAAAUGCUAAAAGAUUUCCUUGAAGAUGACAUUGACACGAAUCAGUACUUUUUACCUCCUAAGUCAUUGCUAAGAUACGCUCUUUUAUUAGAUAUCGUUAGCCCCACUUGUAGAAGGUCCACUUGCUUUACAAAAGGUUAUGGAAGUUACGUAGAAGGGACAGGAUCUGUGUUACAGACAGCAGAGGAUGUGCAGAUUGAGAAUAUCUACAAAUCCCUUCCCAGUUUAUCACAAGAGGGAAAGAUAACAAUGUUGUCAAUGCUUAAACUGCGGUAUUUCACUCCUAGAGAAAUAGCUAAUCUUCUUGGAUUUCCUCCAGAGUUUGGAUUUCCUGAGAAUAUUACUGUGAAGCAGCGUUACCGUCUACUUGGAAAUAGUCUCAAUGUCCAUGUAGUAGCUAAACUAAUCAAAGCAUUGUGUGAAUGAUUUUGAAAUAAUUCUGAAACAUAGCCAUGAUAUCCAUUCAGGUAGAGAUAAUGAUUAUAAAAUUCCAUUUUAAAAUAUUUCUUAGGAGAUACAGCUGAAUUUUCUUGAUAAGAAAGUCUUCAACAAGAAAUUUAGAAUUUAUUCAAGAUACAUCAAUUUGUUUCUUUGAAUUUCUAAUAUAAAUUGUAUUUUAUGAAGUGCAAAUUAUUGUUAUGCUUUAUGGAAAGAGUAUUUUCAUAUGAAACUUAAGUAUAUGUGUGACAUACUGUCUUAAGAAUAUUAUAAUGUAAACAGAUAAAGGAACAUUAGAAUUUUAACAUAUACAUUAAUACUUUAUAAAACUUCAAAGUAGACAUAAUGAAACUGAGAAGAUAUAUAUUUUAUAUGUUAGUUAAGUGAAGUUGUUUUACUUUUUUAUUUUUUAUUUUUUAUACUUUUUUAAUUGCUUCUGAUUCUAAAAUGAUGAUUCUAAUUGUAGCCUGUUUCAACAAUUAAAAGUAUCACUUAAUUUCAAUCCAUUAAAUGUUCCUUUAUUACAUCUACACAAGCAUAUUUUAGUUAUUUUAAUUUAAACACCUGUUUAAGUAUUUUAAAGCAAGUUCUUAUCAUUUAGCUUACACAGUAAUAUGAAUAUUUUAGAAAAACAGCUGUAAAUGCUUAAUUAUCUCUUCAUCAGGAGACUAUGUAGGUGCAUGUUAUAUAUGUAUGUUUUCUGAAUGCUGAAGAUUGGCCCCUCUUUACUUGCUUAUGCAAGGGUAUUUGCUUGAUGUUUUCUAUUAUCAGAGCUUGUUUUGUCUUCCUUCUCAGUUUUUAAUUUACCACUAAAUUCUAAGAGAGUUGUCAUUUAUUGUAGCAGUUAUAGGGAGCCAACUAACAUGCUUACCUCCUAUUAUGGAGUAACUCGAUUUGAGAUUUGGCCCUGCUUCUGAUUCCUGCUUCCUACUGAUACUGAUCCUGAGGGCAGCAAGUGAUGGCUUAGGUAGUUGGGUCCCUGCCACCCACUUGUUGACGUGCAGUCUAGCUCUUGGCUUUGACCGGGACCAUUCCCAGCUGUUUGUAAUAUUUUGGGAGUAAAGGAUUUCUCUGUUUCUCAACAAUAAAGCAAGUGAUUUUGAUUUCAGUAAUAAAGCAAAUGACAAAGAAAUGAAAAGAAACAAGACUAAAAUUGUAUUACAAAAAUUUAAUUCAUAUUUAUAUCCUUGAAAAACUAAUUUCUAAUUGAGAAGUUAUAACAUUUGUGUAUUACUGGGUGUAUAAAGUGGAACUAACUCAAAUGUUCAUCCCAACAAUGGAUAAAUUGAUAUAGAAGAUGUGGUAUGUACAAUGGAAUAGAAUUCAACUUUAAGAAGGAAUGAAACUCUGACACAAUCUAUGGAUGAACCUUGGGAUGUUAUAAGUGGCCAAGCAACAUGUGAAAGGAUUAAACUGUAUGAUUCCACUCAAAUAGGUACCUGGGAGAGUAACGUUCAUGGAGACCACAAACAGGAUGUUGGUUGCCAACGGCAGGAGUGUGGGAGACAGGGAGUGGAUCUUUGUUUCUGUCCUCAAAGAUGAGAAAGGUCUGGAGAUGCAUAGUGAUGAUAGUUACACUACAGUGUGAAUACCUAAUGUCCCAAACCAUGCAAUUAGAAAUAAUGAAGAUGUUACAUUUUAUAUUAUAUAAAUUUUUCAACUUUAGAAAUCCCAUUCCAUUACCUUUUUUUUUCCAGAGCUCACAAAUAAAUACGGAUAAAAGGAAGUUGUAGACCAAUACAAACCUUACUAGACAAGUCCCACAGGUUAGUAUAGAAUCUGAAAUCAUUUGGCACACUUUCAUGUUAGUUCUCUUCAUAGCUGAAGAUUCUUAGCAAAAUAGUUUAUAGUAUUACUGUAAUUUUACCAACUAUAAUUAUGCUAUAAUUUUAGUGGCCUGUGCUCCAUUAAGAAACGUCAUAUAAAAUAAAUUUAAUAAUAGUACCUCAACUAUAAACACAUGAAAAGUAUUUGGAGACAUUUACUUAACAACUGAAAGACAAAAGAUGGCUUUGUGAAAUGUUUUAAUUAUUCAAGUCUAUAUUCAUAGGUAACUGGUGAUUCUUAACCUUAAUUCAUGCUUAAAAAUGUAUAGUAACAAGCAAAAAAACCCUUUAAUGAAGAUAUAUUUACCAAUGCCAUUUAAUUAGCACAUGUAUGCAUAACUUGGGAAAUGGUCAUUUAUUGAAUUAAUGUUGGUAGGAAUGUUCAUAAAAUAUACAUUGAAAAUUCUGCCUUCUGAUUUUUAGGACUUAAAAAUUUAUUCACUGGGUUGAAAAAUAUGGCCUCUGGCUUUCUCAAGAACUAUAUGAAGUUAAAUCAUUGCUAUUCCCAGCAGUAAACAGAUUUUUCAUUUUCUUCUUUGGAGCACCCCUACUCUUUUAAGUGGUAUGCUAGAUAAUUCUGGAGUACUAAUUGCCUUGCCUUGUACAUUAGCAUGUUUCUAGGAUCCAAAAGUAAUGAGUAAAAAAUAUAUAAAAUGAAUUGAUAGAAAAAAAUUGUAUUAUGAUUGGAAAAUGGUUUUGAAGAGGAGAGUAACCAUCAAGGAGGAAGAAUUAGAGCCUGGUCAUCCUUGGUGGCAAUUAGCACAAGUUACUCACCUUUAGUUUUGGCUACAAAAUCACAUCUGCACAUGAGCACUGCCCUGUGCAUUGCAAGUUGGGAGAAGGCCAACGUCCAACUUCUGUUGUUUGACAGGUGGACUCUUAAAAACUCAAAAACAAUAGCUGAAUUUAAAUGGACUAUCCCAAACCAGUUAAUAAAUCUGGUAUUAUAUGAAAUGAUCCAAAA